AUGCCACCAGGAAAGAGGGGCAGACCUGCCUUGGCAGCCAAAUCAACGAACUCACAGCUGGGACUUCACGACCGAGGAAAAAAGCGAGCAGCAACAGACGACCUUGAGAAAGGGGAUGAUAGUGAAUUAAAACCAAAAGGCGCACGGGGUCGCCCGCGCGUACACAAGAUUGCAAAGCUAUCCGACACGCCAGAUGAAUUUUCGACAGUCGAGGCUCCAGAGCGGCCUGCAGCUCAGCCUGCUAAGAGGGGAAGAAAGCCAAAAGCGCAGGUUGCGACGCCGCCCAUGGAAGCCGAAAUCCCGGAAACACAACAGGUCAUUCCAGUGAACCCAAUAGAACCGGAGGUUGAGAUACCCGAGACACAGCCUGCUGGGAAAUUUGAUGAUCUCGACGAUAGUCUCGACGAUGAGCAGGUCGAAGACUUACCCGCUGCAUACGCUCACGCCUCUAUCUUGUCAUCGGCGCAACGUGUCCCGCAGUACAUGUUUCCACCCAGCGCAAUGCGCAACCAACCUCUUGUUCCCAUGAGCACCGGCCGAGUACAAUAUCAGAAGCUUCCCUUCCAUCCUGUUGGCCGUCCAAUGACUACUUCUGACCCUUCUUCCGACCCUGCGCUACGCAGGCAACUUGGAGAGUUGACCCGCAAAUACGAAAAUCUGGAAGUCAGGUACCGGGAUCUGCGCGACAUAGGCGUCAAGGAAGCGGAACACAACUACGAUAGACUCAAGAAACAGGGCGAAGAAAGGGCCCAUACCGCGAACCAGCUGAUUGAAACAUUGAAGGCACAACUUGCUGCUCAGACGGAGUUGGCCAAAGAGGGACAACGAUUGAGGCAGCAACUAGAUGCCGCCGAGACUAGAGCCUCCAAACUCGAGGACGACCUUGCAGGCAAGUCCAAGUCUCUGGCAGAUUCAAAGUCAGAGGUCAAAACCUUGACGACCAGGUUGGCUGCAGCACGUGCGGCCGAGGCUGCGACUGUCAAGGUUCCUGGCAGCGCCAUGAAGGGCAAUGUGGCAGACAAACGCCUACUCGCUAAUGCCGAGGCGGCAGUUCAGUCAGCACAAAUGAAGGAGGACCUCUAUGCAGAUUUAACCGGCUUGAUCGUUCGUGGUAUUAAGCGAGAUCAAGAUGACGAGGUUUAUGAUUGCAUUCAGACCGGCCGAAACGGAACUCUACAUUUCAAGCUGUCGGUUACCCCAGACGACCAGUCGGACGACUUGGACGAGGUGCAAUUCAUGUAUAUGCCCCAAUUGGACGAAGACCGGGACAGCGACUUGCUGGAUAUCUUGCCCGACUAUCUGACGGAGGAAAUUACAUUUCCUAGGACGCAUGCCGCCAAAUUUUAUUCUCGAGUUAUGAAAUUCCUCACCGAGAAAUUGGAAUGA